GAUCAUCCUUUCUUUCAUAUACACCUCAAACUACACCAGUUCAUUCAAAUGAUGUUUAUGUAGUUUCACCUACCACGCCACAAAUUGAUACAAAUCUUUGGUUUAUUGACUCAUUUACGUCCAAUAAUACAUCAUUAGUUGCUCAACAAUCCAAUCUAAUUACAAAUAAUAAUACUUUACGAAAAAAACAAGAAAAUUUUAAAGUAUGCUCAGAUUGUGGAACAGAUCAAACUUCAACAUGGCGUAAAUAUGGAACAAGUCAUUUGUGUAAUCCAUGUGGAAUUUAUCGUACAAAGUAUGGAAUUCAACGUCCGACUUAUCGUGAUGUUGAUGGUAAGAUUAGGAUUAAGAGAAGAAAUACUCAACAAAAUAGAGAAUGUGCGAAUUGUAGAACUACUGAAACACCAUGUUGGAGAAAGCUUGAAGAAAGGAGAUUAUGUAAUAAGUGUUGUUUGUAUCAAAAAUUACAUGGUCAUCCAAGGCCACAAAAAAUUCGGG